AGCAGGAAGUGUAUCCAACCGAGGAAUGUAGAUUGCUGUUUUGACAAGGCUUUGCUGCAUUAGCCAGCUGGAUUCUCAAAGUUGGCUCUACCUUUUUCGUGGUCUGAAUUCAGAUACGAGAUGAUCCGGCAUUCUUGUCAUGGAGAUCUCGAGAAAAUUUUCCGUGCUUUGGCUACAUUACGCGACAACUGUUACGUCUAAUUUACUUCGUGAUUCCUUCUGGUCCCGAGUCUCGUUAUGCGAGUGCUUAAGCAUUAUGAAGAGAUGGCCCUUUACGUGAGAUCAAACGGACGAAUUUCAGUGACCGACAGUGGCUACCUGUGAUACACCUUUUUUUUCAGUGCUUUUACAAUGCGUACUUAUGGCGACGAAUGAGAUCGUCGAUCCUGUCUGCAAUUGUCAUCCUUGCCAAGAGAGCGAAACAUUAGCUGCUCAGGCCAACCAAACUGCCGAUCGUUCCCAAUCGACGCUUCUUGAUAAGGAAGAUAGCGAGGGCGAUGGAUCACUCGUGAUUUGUGCUCGGGAUCGAGAUCGCGGGGACAGAACCUUUCCUAAUGUCUGUCAGAUGCGUUGCUACAAUCGAUGCACGAAAUUCGGGAUUGUGGCUGUGAAGAAAAAUAACACGAAAAAGUACAUCGCAGGUGCACAUAGAACAAAUUACUACAAGCUGAAGGAUGGUCCCUGCUGAGCGUAACGUGAAAUGAAUACACGUGGAUAUCAGUUGACCGGGAACGAACGAAAUUGUAAUUUAUAAUUAUUAUCAAAAUGACAUAUCAUUUCCACUUAGGGGAAAGAAGCUUCUUGCGAACUGAUAACACACAAGUGUCAAUUAUACGUAAAACGAUAAUUAUGCUUAAAUUAUAUAUAAUAUAAGUAGGCGUACGUGUAUAUAUAUGUAUAUAUUGUUUAUACAUAUCAGUCGUGACAACAUACGUAUGUCGUAUAAAAUUGUGUUCACCCUAAUUACGGUCAACUACGCUCGACGCCCUCUUUAUGCUUAUUUAGGCUCGAGCGAUACAGUCGAAAUGAUAAAGUUACCUUCUGAAUAAAAUAUCUGAACGAUGAA